AUGAAGCUUUAUGAGCAUAAUGAAGAUAAUCUUCAACCUGGAUGUGAAACCUGCACGAUUUGGAAAUAUAUCACAUUGAUAUGGCUAAAGAGUCACGAGAAAAGUACCGACAACAAGCGCAUGAUAAUGAAAAAAGGAUCCAUCCGGCCCAUCGCAGCACACCUGCCACUGCCAGAAUUGAAACCCUUCAUAGAAGGAAACACCGGUAAAACUGCAAUACCAGAUCCUCAACCUUCUAGCAGCACGGUAUUGAAGUCGCCUCCAACACUAAGGUUACUUAAUCAAGAACCAGCCAGAAAACGUAGUCGAAUAGCUACUGAAAAAUCAAGUUUGUUUCCUUGGCAAAAAUGCAUCAGGAAAAAAUUGAGAGAUAUUGUCAAACGACAGGCUGAAGCCCAAGAAACAAUGGCUGGAACACUUAAAGAACUUUUGGCCUAUAUAAGAACAAUAGAUAAAAAUGAAUAAACAUAAUAGUGCAUUGUAAACAAUGUGAUUUUAGUUUUAGAAGUAUAAAUAAUAUUUAUUUAUAGAAUUUAUUUUUAUUUGCUCUUAGAUUGUUUGACUGAAUAAUGAUUUAAG